AUGGCUCUUCCCCUGCAGUGUUACCAACUAGUGACAGUACAACAAGUACAAGAAGAGACCGGAAGUGACGACAUUAACACUAGGUCUAAACGACAGAUUGAUCCUCGCCUACCAGAUCAUCUAGAGUUCACACUACAAUCAGAGACUUCGUCGUCGAGAACUACUCUGAAACUCAGCAGACUGCCAGAGAUUCCAACCUAUGUCUUUACUGACUCCGGGUUGGAGAAACAUUCCGGAGAGUUAGAGAACAAAGCAGUGUAUUCUGUAGAAGAUGAUAAAAUUGGUGUUAUUCAAGUCAAAAGGACUAACAACUCUACUUCUGAUAGUGCCAACAGUUUUGAACUGGAAGGAGAGUUUGUAGAAGAAAAUAAGAUCUAUCAGAUUCACCCAGCCAGGGAAGAGUCUGGAAGAUCAGACAGGACUGAUGACGGUCCUAAGAAUCUUUACCACAAAGUUUUCAACCGUCAAGAAGAUUACCGAAAACCUAUGAGAGAAGAGGGCCGAUAUAGGCGAUCAGUAAAAGAAUAUACUAUAGAAUUAUGUUAUAUAAUUGAUGCAGAGGACUUCCAGAAAAGGUUUUUACCCAGAAAUAAUAAUGAUGAGGAUGAAGCGGUAUCUGAUGCCAGGAUUUUUUACAGUUACGUUUCAGAGCAGAUUCGAUUGAGGUACAUCAGUACAUAUGAAGUAGAUUUAUCCUUUAUGUUCAAGUUUGUUAUAACAGGUUUGGUCAUUUUAAAGAAUCGUUCUGACUCAGAGUUCUUGGAGGACCUGGUACAGAAGGGUACUAACCGGGGCAUUGUAGAGUAUAAUGAUGGACUGGACGCUGCCAUUGAGUGGUUGUAUAUCCAUGAAAAUUCCUUACCCCCCAGCGACCACUAUAUGUUUUUUACAUCGUAUGAUCUGGCAGAUGUUGAAGAUACAGAUUCAUUGGGUUUGGCCAAUCUCGGAAGUAUGUGUCUAAGAGAUGAAGACAACUAUCCUUUAUCAGCUUCCAUCAUAGAAAACGGCUUUGAUGCUAAUGUCGGGGCUACUGCAGCCCAUGAACUGGGCCAUUGUCUAAACGCCGACCAUGAUACAGACGCCGGAUGUGACGACGGAGAUCUGUAUUUGAUGUCGGAGAGAUCCCUACAUCCUAAGAAUCCAGAACAAGCUUCCAAUCCUUGGAAGUUAUCAAAUUGUUCCGUUCGAGACAUGUUGCUAUAUCUAAAAACGGAGAACGUUUCGUGUUUGUCAGACACCAAAAGUAACACUGAUUCUCUCAGAGAAAUGCAGGUCAAAGAUGGCGUAUAUUACAGUCUUGGGGAACAAUGUCGCAUGGCUUUUGGCGCCGGGUCACAGUUUUGCCAGGGAAAGUACACGAACCCGGCCAGUAAUGCUACUUUCUGCUAUAAAGUUUACUGUACAGAUUCUAAGGGAAAAUGUGAACCAAUUUUUCCCAGAGAUUAUACCAAGUGCGGUAACGAUCAUUGGUGUUAUAAAGGAGAGUGCAUCAAAGCUUCUGCAGAAGAUUUUCAAAUGGAAUUAGAAGGCGAUGACACCGAAAUUGACAUACCGCAAGAUACAGUCGAAGUUCUUUCCCAUGUGAAAUAUACCAAAUCAUCACCAGGUGACGUCAUCGUCUUUAACUACCAAUGGAAUCCAGAGUUUGCGGAUUCUCUUUUUCAUUUUAACAUAUCGAACGGUCGAAUAACUGUGAAAACUGGUGCCUUAUUCAACAUAACGGAAGCGGAAGUGUUCAUUACAGCAACAACCAAUGAGACGUAUACCACGCUUCCUAUUAGCAUAAUGAUAUAUAUUUAUAACGAGUCGUAUACACCUAAAUUUGCUCAAGAACGGUUUGUGGUACAAGUGACCAGCUUACAGAUGAAGAGUGCAGAGAAAGCUUUGGUUGUGAUGUCCGACGUUAGCCAGCUUUUAUUAGAAGGGGACCAAAAGACAGACUUUAAAUUCCUAUUGCAAAAUUCUCAACAUUCCAACUUAGUUCGUCUAGACGAAAAGCAGGUGAUACUGGACGCAGAAAAACUACGACAAGAAGGGUUAUCGAACUUUAUUGUUACUAUCGAAGCCAUUUUUAAGAAUAUCCUCAGUAAUUUUACAACUGUAGAAUUCAUUUUUGACAAGUCUAUUGAGGACUCUCCAAAAGAAAAGAACAACCACUGGUUGAUUCCAGUCAUCAUAGUUAGUAUUUUUGCUGUUGGAGGUUUCCUCAUCUUCGUCAUCAUUCAAAUACGACAAUGUCGAAAUCCGUCCAGUCCAAACUUCGAUAAACCUUCGUCGCCUCUACCAACAUUCAACCCGACCACAGAUGCUAACGAUGGAGGCAAUCUUUCGCCCGUCUUUACGCCUUUGUACAACAACUCACAAGUGCUCAAUGGGAGGUCUUUUUCUGAUUUAAGGCAAGUGGUCUACCGUGAAAGUUCCGGUAACGCUCUGCAAGAGCACUUUUAUGAAAACCAUCGAUAAAUGCCGAAUGAUGGUCUGGUUAUUAAAAAUUGAUACUUAUAUUUUUUAUGUACUGAAUAUAUUUUAUUAAUGUUCUUUUGUGACAAAGUUUAUUUUUAUAAUACAUUUCCUUUAUAAUAAAAUUUACCACUAAGUGUUCAAAU